AUGAUGCUCAAGUACGAGCACUUCAAGCGCGAAGUCAUCUCGUUCAAGGAGAAGCUGAAGGAGUUCGAAGCUCGCGAUUUUGAUAUGAAGGAGUCUCUUUACAGGUCUUGUGAGGGUUACCGCUUGAUCAUUAUCGAGCGUGACCAGACCAAGGAGAACCUGCAUGACCAGCACAACAGGUAUGCGGACUACCACCGUCAGAUCAAUACGCUGGAACAGUCCUUUCGUCAUGCGGAGGAGACGGUCGUCAAUAUCAGAGCUGAGAUCGAUACACUCACUGAGUGUAACAAGGUUCUAAUGCUUGAAGGUGAUGACAGCUGCUCCAAGCACAGUCACCUGCACAAUGAGUUUUCCGAACUCAGGGAGAAGCUCUUGGUCUUCCAGGCCGAUAUCCAGAUUGACUGGCGCCCGUCAUCGUCGUCGAAAGCUUGCGCACUAUCCUUCGCGAAGCGCGCGAACAGAAAGGACGCGCUAUUUCUGCGAGGGAAACCGCCAAUCGUGAGAGAGACGACUAUCUUUCCAAGCACAAAGAGAAGCGCGGUGAGAUGUAGCGCUUUGAGGAGAGCGCAUCAGCUCAUUAUCACGCACACAGCGAGUUAA